CGCGGAGAGAGUGGCAGUUGGGGUUGGUAGCCGGGGGAUGAGCUCCUCCCGGGGCUGAGCGGAAUCGAGUAUCGCCAGCAACAUGGAGGACGUGAACUCCAAUGUGAGCGCGGACCAGGAGGUGCGGAAGCUGCAGGAGCUGGUGAAGAAGCUGGAGAAGCAGAACGAGCAGCUCCGCUCCAGAUCCACCCACCAGCCCCCGGGCUCUCCCAGGACCGUGCCCGCCGCUCCCAGCCUCCAGCACCGGGCCUCCCCGCACACCGCGGCCGCCGCAGCCUCCCUGCUCCUCCUCGGCAACGGCGGCCGCUGUCUGAGCCCGGGGCCUGCGCUGCGAGACCAGCGGGGGGACGGCAGCGGGGACGGGGCCGCCUGGGAAGAGCUGAUAGAGGCGGCGGCGGAGGAGAGGAGGAAGGACGGCGGGGACAGCGAGCUUAUACUGGACCAGGUGGUGCCGCUCCGGCAGGAGGACAUAGACAGCAUGGUGUGCUUCCAGGAGGAGGAGAGCUGGUUAUAUACUUCACCAAAGAAAAAGCAAACUCCUUUGCAAAAAUCCAUAAGUCCAUUGGUCUGGUGUCGGCAGGUUUUUGACAGUCCAAGUCCUGACCUGGAAUGUGCAAAAAAGUCACUUCUCCAUAGGCUUGAACAAACAAUGUCAGCCAGCAAGAGACAGAGUAUGUACAACAUUCCAUAUAAUUCUGCCAGUUAUGCUAGCUGUUACAGUCCAAAUCCUAGUGGAAGUCCAUACAGUAGUGGAUUCAAUUCUCCGUCCUCUACCCUUGUGAGACCUCCAGUAGUGAGGCAGCUGGUACUGCCUAGCAGCACAGCCAACUAUAAAACUGCUGCUGAUAAAAAUCUUACUCCCGUAAGUCCCCAGUCCUCAAUAGACAGUGAGCUAAGCACGUCUGAGAUGGAUGAUGACUCAUUGGGUUCUGCUUACAAGUUGAAUGAUGUCACCGAUGUCCAGAUAUUGGCACGAAUGCAAGAAGACAGCCUUCGCCAAGAAUACGCAGCUACUGCUUCUCGACGCAGUUCUGGUUCCUCCUGUAACUCCAUGAGGAGAGGGACCUACAGCGACCAGGAACUUGAUGCACAGAGCCUAGAAGAUGACGAAGAAGCAGUUUCUCACACAAUGCAUCUGUCUGUAAACAGAUUUUCAGCAUCUCCCCGUCACUCACCGCGACCAUCUCCUAGACAGUCACCAAGAAACUCUCCCCGCUCUAGGUCCCCAGCUCGAAGUCUGGAGUAUAGAGGGGUUUCCCCACAGCCUAUGAUCAGUCGCUUGCAACAGCCUCGACUUUCUCUUCAGGGUCAUGCCACUGAAAUGCAGACAAAUGUGGUUAAAAAUGAAGAAAAAUUAAGACACAGUCUUCCAAACCUCUACAGGGCAACAGGCAUUCAAUCUGCAGACGCUGUAAAAAACAGCAGAAGCUGUGAGUCUAAUUUACAGGUUCCAAAUGGAGGAAUGUCUCGAGCGCCCAGUACUUCCACACCAAAAAGGCAGAUAAGUAUGCCACGUUCUUCCCAGAAAACAAAACCGGGGGUUCAACCUUCAGCCCCUAAAGGAGUACCUUCGCCAUGCAAGUUCCGCUCCCCUUCAACACCUUCACCAUUAGCAUUGAGACAGCCUAUGAAAGCUUUAAGUAAUCAUGGUUCUCCAAAUGCACAAGAAGCUACCACUGUUUCACAGAACAGCCCUUCAACAGCCACCUCUACAAGCCAACCUCCUGGCUCUGCAAGUCCAAUUGCCAGAACUGGGCCAGCAGUGAGAAGUGGCUUACCCAGACCUAGCACACCCUCAGGUGGGAGUAUACCAGUGCCUCGCAGCAAAAUUGCACAGCCAGUUCGGAGGUCGUUACCAGCCCCCAAAACUUAUGGUAACAUGAAAGAUGACAGCUGGAAAGAAGGCUGCUAUUGAACUGCAAAAUCCGAACGCAUCACAGAUUAAUGGACGGCUAACGUUGUCCACAUUAAGACAGAGGAAAAGAUCUACCACAUGGAACUGUUUGGGAUUUUGCAAACCAAUCCCAGGGCUCUCUGUCCGUACCUAGCACAAACGGCAGAGGUUAAAAAAUUGAGCACUUUAUUGAUAUUUACCAUCCAAUAACAGUCAUACAUCCACCUUUAAUUGGGUCUCUUGCUUAGUAUUUAAUUGCUUGAUGUAGUUUAACCCUUUGGCAUCCUGGACCACUGCAAAAUUGACUUCACCAAUGAGUGAUAUCUGAUCAAGACAAGCGCAAGCUCCUUUUUUUUUUUUUUUUUCUUUCUCAAAAUGCCUAGUUUAAUGCCAAAGAAAAACUCUUGGGUUACAAUUUUUUUUACUUUUACCAAUCCUAGAAUAAUCAAUUUAUUUCACACAAUGUACACCCCUUUUAUUACCCAUAUAAAAGUGUGCAAUGCAGCAUGUGUUCUUUUGCCAUUAAUUGCACUGCUCCAGAUUAGAUAUCACCUUUUUAAUACAAGUGUGACUUGAUUUGGUUUGCGCACACAUUGCUGGUGCCUGUAGCAGAUAAAAUGUUUAAUUUUAAGCUAUUGAGGUUAAUGCAUCAUCUCAUCUUGGACAUUUAACAGGACACAAUAACAUAUCAGGAUUAAGUCCAUGUAUCAUAUGAAAGCCUGUCCUAAAAUUCUAUGAAGAGCAUUCUCGUUUAUUAUGCAAGCAGACAUUAAAGGGUCACUGUAGGCACCAUAACCAUUACAACACGCUGUAGUGGUCUUAAUGCCAAGGGUCCCCGGGUGCUGUCCACUUGCAGUGACAUUUACCUUGCUGUGAUAGGUGCCCACAGUUUUUCUGGUAUGAUAAUGCAGAAGUAUAAAGAUUUGCUUUAUCAAAGCAGAAGGACGAUGGGAGCCCAACAAAGCAAGGUAAAUUCAUAAAUUAUUUGACAGAUUUGACAGACUUUGGGAUUCCUGGCACCAUAACUACUACAGUUCACCGUAGUGGGUAUAGUGUUUAGAUUUUCCCUUUAAAUAUGAAAAAAUAAUGGGACAACCAAUAGCCUUGUUUUGUGAGUGCUUUUUCACUCACUGGCUUUGGUGACUUUAUUUUUGAAUAUUUUGGAUACAUUUUUUAAUACAUUACACUGAAAUUGUGAAUAUAUUGGGAGUUUCUUUGCUUUUUUUUUAUAUCCUCAGUGCCUUUUCUAUAGACGUAAGUUUUUUAUUUUUUUUGUUUUCAGGUCUAUUAACCACAUUUAGUUUAUUUAGGAUUGUAGCGUAUAAGGGAUUGGAAGUCGGAUACUAACUCAGUGCUUUUGCCCUGUUGACUAUAUGCAUCUGCAUCCCACUAUUUGUAUAUCUAACUAGCAUCUGAAAUUGUAUUUUGAGGUACUGCAGCAAUUAAUGUGAUGUCCCAAGAGGUUUUCACUUUGAAAGUAUACAAUUCCACUG